CAAAAGUUGGUCACACUGUCAGCUAUUUGUUAGUAAAAAUUUGAUCUGGUUUAUUUUAUUUUCAAUGGACUUGCGAAAACUGUGCAGAAUUUGCUUUGUAGACAGCGCGGAGGUGGACAUCACAGAGCACAGGGCCAGCGCGAGCCCCGAGCAUACCAUUCUCGAGCUAAUACAGACGAUGUACGCUCAGAACGUAGACCUAAAUCUCACGGAGGAGCUGCCCAUGAUAUGCACUCGCUGCCUGGACGAGUGUCUUCAACAGUAUGCAUUCUUUUGGAAGCUCAAGAUUGCCAAUCAGCAGCUCCAGCAGUUGUACGAAGAAGCGCAACAGGAAGCUUGCGAGGAGGAAGAAAAUGUCAGUGAAGACUUAGUUCGCCAGCCAGAGGUGGAAUCUCAGUUCUGGGAGGAUACGGACUCAGAGAUUAUUGUAUUAGAACCCGAAAAACCGCCGAAAGAACCAGAGCCGGCAGUUAGUAGCGAGAUUCGCGCGAAGCCCUCACAAAGGUUGGCCAACCAUGACUCGCUGAUUGUAUCCGAGUUCCUGCCCGCCACCACGGCUCCACCACGCUUGGAUCUGCCAGAUUCCCACAUGCAGCAGCUGGCCCCGCCCUACGAAAUGCGCACCGUAGACUAUGCGGCCGUGGAGCUAAAACACUACAACCUGGAUGAGUACAACGAGGCCAAUCGGCUGCUGGAUGCUGAGCCGAGUGGCAGCCACGCCAUCUACAAGUGUCAGUACUGUCCGCUGGCCUACACCUCGCCCCAGUACCUUAAGACCCAUGUUCGCAACUCGCACGUAUGCAAAUACUGCACCUCGGCCUUUGCCAAGGUGCGCGAGCUCAACGAGCACAUCCGCCGCAAACACUCGCAGCACCAGUGCGUCGUCUGUUCCAAUAGCUUCAGCACCAGCAGCAACCUCAGGGCUCACCUGAAGAAGAUCCAUGGCGUACAGCUGCCCGCCCAGGUGGCACUCCUCGACUACAAGCCAGCCACUGCAGAGCAGGGCAAUUCUCCCAAAUAAUAAAGUCAUUUUAUUAAUUUA